CUGGGUUUAAAAGCGCGGAAAUCGACUCUGCCGUUCGAGCAGGCUUUUGCGACACAGUCGAUAGCGCGCUGGGCUAGAAGGUCGAGGGUUCGAGACCUGCUCCCUGCUUGUUUCAUUACAUUGGUGUCAGAAGUGAUCGGACCUUGCAUCCACGACAGUGCGCGUGCUUGGACGGUGAGCGCGUUCCUGUAACACGUAGAGUCGCAAGCUAGCGCGAGGACGCGCUCUUUGAAAGACGGUUUCAUUACAAUAUUAAGUAUAAUAGUAUCUAACUAGCUAUCUCACUAAGGUAGCCUAGUGGUUAAAGCGUUGGGCCAGUAACUGAAAGGUUGCUGGAUUGAAUCCCCGAGCUGACAAGUCCGUGGAGAAUUGUGGAUGACUGUGGAGGUGCUUUCACCAUGGGGGCCAUUGGAGGAGGGAUCUUCCAGGCAGUCAAAGGCUUCAGAAAUUCACCUUCAGGGAUGAGCCACCGAUUGAAAGGUAGCAUGACUGCCAUCAAAACCAGAGCCCCACAGUUGGGGGGUAGCUUUGCAGUAUGGGGAGGACUCUUCUCCAUGAUUGACUGUGGGUUGGUAAAGGUAAGGGAGAAAGAGGACCCCUGGAACUCCAUCACAAGCGGGGCCAUGACUGGAGCUAUCCUCGCAGCAAGAAAUGGACCUGUGGCCAUGGUGGGCUCUGCAGCAAUGGGAGGUAUACUGUUGGCGUUGAUAGAGGGUGCUGGGAUCCUGCUUACUAGAUUUGCUUCAUCACAGUUCCCAACUGGUGCCCAGUUUGCUGAGGAGCCAGCCCCCAUGCCUGCCCCUUCCUUUGGAGGAGACUACAGACAGUACCAGUGAGAGGUCUCAGUCUCUUGGCCUUUUUGAAUUCCUUGCUGAAGUUACACUGGGGAAAUGGAGGAAAAAUACUACACAAUAGGCAAUUGCACCUAACAUUAUGGACUUGGUCAGAACUAAAGGGCAAAUUCACACUUUCUUCCCCCGGAGCCAUGUACAGAUUUGCCUUUCACCAUCCUCCGUCUUGACAGUUGUGCGUAGUUCACCCUACAUUGGUUAAAAUAUCUGAACUGGAGACGAGGGAAAAGUUUGGUUUGUACAAUCUUACAUGCAUGUAAUACCCUACCCUGCAAGUGUGCCAGACACUGGAGCUGAUGUUGAGCCAAGGGCACUGCCAUGGCUAUGUCAAUAUCAACUCAAAGAUGGACCCUUCCAAACUUGUAUAAUGUUUUUCGUAUGUGUGUAUAUAUAGGCUUUCCUGCAUGCAUUUGAUAUGUUUUGCUUAUUUGCCUUGUUGUUCAUCAUAUCCCGUGCUUGUGCUCGCCAUUUUGUAAAUGUAAAAUGUAAGUGGGCAUUUUAUGAAUUGCUUUUAUUGAAUGGUAUAAAAGGCAAUCAAUUCAUUAUGCUGUCCCUGAAAUCUUAGGUUUUAUAGUGACUUUUUUGGUUGUAGUUGAUAAUUAUAUGCUUUUAUAAAUUUACACCAAGAGGCACAAACUACUGCUGGCAAAUGAUGUUUGAGACAGAAGGAUGAUGAACAGGACAAACCUCACUAGUUACUCAAUGCAAGGGGUUGAUACAAUGUAUCUGUAUGACAGAUUGAAUUACACAAGAAUAAAAUUGGUCAAAUACAA